GACAGCGACGUACGUACGAAAGCAAAGGUGUCGAACAUAACCGGAAGCUGCAGAAGCUGUUCCAGCAGCUGAAAGUAAAUAAACGGAAAAAGCCGAAACCGGAGGGUGACUUUCUUAAAAAAAAAGCACAAACUUUUUCCUCCAUCUUCGGAACAGUGGCGGUCGAGUGCUUUUUUUAUAAAUAGAAAACACUUUGGGAUGUUCUGAAAGAUUACAGAAAAAGAGGCGUUUCAACUUUAGAGAAAGUUUGCCAAAUGAAUGAGUGCCCUGAAGAAAACAAACUAGUCAAGGCUGACUGAUGAAUGCUCAUUGGUAAAAUAAAUAUUCGACUCAAGUUUCGAACGUCUGAUGUAAAGAUACAAUUUCGGAAAAUAAAAAUUAAUUGACAUUAAGAGAGUACUUCUGCUUGAGAAUAUUAAUAAAUAACUUUGGAUAGUUUCUUAAACAAUAUAACAGAACCUGAAUCUUUAAUAUCCACUAGUGAUUUGUGGAUGUGGACAUAGAGUCUUUUAUGAGCUCAUUUGAAAAUUGAAUGCUUUGAAAUUUGGACUUAUAUAAAGAAGAUUUCAACAUCUGUGUUGUAUAUCAUUGUGUGGUACGGAAACUGAUUGAAUCGAAAUUAAUUCAUCAACUAUCCGGAUUUGGUUUCAUCUAAUUGAUCAAACCUUGGCAAAAUAUCCAGACAUUUCAGCAACAACAAUAAUAUCUGCAAGUUUCUCUAAUGAUUUACUGUCAUCACUUUUAAAGAGGAUUGUAGACACUAUGUGGUUCGAAACACAGCCAAAAAUAUAAAGGAUUUAUUACUGAAGAACUUCCAGAACCACAAUGGGCUGCACACCAAGUAUUCACGUUAAUCAAAGCGGGGUGGUCCACUGCAGUCAAGACGAUGAUUCAAAUGGCAACAGCCAGUUAAUUGGGGUGCAGGGCAAUUUUCGAGCCACUUGCGACGGAGGGGAAGGCACAAGUCGCGAUGUAUUCCAAGAUUCGAUCUUUCCAAAUGACCUGUCACCGUACGAAGAAGAGUUGUUCAAAGGAUCAGUUUUCUUCCAGAACCAAGAUGCCCAAGAGAGACAGAAAAGGUGGGCGGAAGUGGCGUGUGCUUCAGCCAAAGAGGAGGCAGUUCUGAAAUUCGGAUCAAUGUGUCUUCAGAUCCCUACAAUUCGAGCACUUCUGGUUUUUAGUAAAGAUGAUGCUCAAAGUGAUGCUCUCAAAUGGGCUGCAGAAAAACUUUUUUGCGAGUGUACCAUGGUUUACACUCCAGAAGAUGCUACAGAAUCUUAUCAAAACCUCCAUCAUCAUCUUAUAUUUAUUGAUUCAAGACAAUCUAAAACUUUAGAUUAUACAGCAUUAUGCAGGACAAUACACAGUAUUCAAGGAAGUCAAUAUAGCUGUCUUGUGGCUGUUGUAAAAAAGAGUGCUGUUGACAAAGAAGAUGGCUCAAUUGUCUCAUUUCUUAGAUCUGGUUUCACAAGGUGGUUUGUGGAAAAUCACAAUCUUGGAGUUUGCCUCAAUGAACUCAUUCAAAUUCAUCACACAGACAUUUCCUACCUCUUAAAACUGAGAGCUUCACAAGCUCUCUUCUCUGCUUUAGACAGUUGCAGGGAAGGAAUUAUAGUUACUAACGUGGACCACAGUAUCCAGUAUGCAAACAAAGCAUCUGAGAAAUUACUUGGUUACACUGCAGAAGAUUUGUGUGGAAAAGACGCCCAAACUUUAUGCAGGGCAGAAUCUGUAAAAGCUGACAUUCCAGAGAGCAUUAAUAUGCAAGUGAAAAAAGGAAAAGAUUGGGAGGGAACAUUAUUUCACAAAAGGAAAUCUGGAGAAAAUUUACCCUUAUGGAGUAGAAUCCAACCUGUUGAAAUCUAUUCUGAGCAAGCAGAGCAUUUGAUUCAUGUUAAUGAGUUCCCAUUUAAUGAAAGACCCUUUUCUACUGAGACUGACCUGCUACCAUUUGUCAAGGCACCCCGGAAAGGCUCAUGUGAUGUUAGGUCCUUCAGUGGUGAAACUGGUCUCAAUCGCCGGCAGUCAUUCGCUAAAUUUCAUCCAAUGACUUUAGAACCUCCCAUUACCAAGGUUAUCAAUAUGAUCCUGGCGACUCAAGAGCAUAGUCCAUUGUUUGUUGUCCAAGCAUUAGAUCGUGUUUUGGAUAUUUUAAGGAGUACAGAUAUUUAUUCUCCACAGUUUACAGGCUUGAGGCAAAAUCAAGCUGAUGAUCAAGUUGCUUCAGAUCUUUUCAGUGGAUUAAUAUCAAAUAGUAAACAAGUUAUAAGAAGAUUUUCCCAUGAAGCAUUCAAAGCUACAAAAUGUGUUUUAGGAGUUCCUAGUUGUGGAACAAGUAAUACUCAAACUACUCCUCCUCCACUUACUCCAUCAACAGUGCCAACUCUUGCAAAUGCUCCGCCGAGAGUGAAGGAACUUUUAGAAAUUGUACAUGAAUGGCAUUAUGAUGUUUUUGAGAUAGAAAGAGUUACUGAGAAAAGACCUCUUUUAUGGGUUGGAAUGGCAGUAUUUGCCAGUUUUAAUUCCUGCAAUAUUUUAAGCUGUGAUGAGAGUGUUCUCCGUAAUUGGCUCACUUUAAUGGAAUCCAAUUAUCAUCCAAAUCCAUAUCACAAUUCUACACAUGCAGCUGAUGUUUUACAAGCUACGGCAUAUUUUCUGAAGAAACCUAGAUUAAAAGCUAUUUUUGAUCCAAUUGAUGAAAUAGUUUCUCUUGUUGCUGCUGUUAUUCAUGAUGUGGAUCAUCCAGGAAGAAAUAGUGCUUUUCUUUGUAAUACAGGAAGUGAAUUAGCUAUUUUAUAUAAUGACUUGUCUGUUCUUGAAAGCCAUCAUUCAGCAUUGGCCUUCAGGUUAACCAUCGGAAAUGAAACGGCAAACAUUUUCCAUAAUGUCAAUAAAGAUUCAUAUAAAGAAAUGAGGCGAUCCAUCAUUGAUAUGGUUUUAGCAACGGAAAUGACAAAACAUUUUGAACAUCUUUCAAAAUUUGUCAAUGUUUUUACCAAAUCUGUAGAAGCAGAAGAGGAUGAAUCUUUGGAACCAGCAUCACCAGAUCUAUCUGCAAUGUCCACCCCUGAAAAUAUUGUUCUUGUAAAACGCAUUCUCAUAAAAUGUGCUGAUGUUUCCAAUCCAGCUAGACCACUUAAUUCAUGCAAAGAAUGGGCUAGUCGAAUUGCUGAAGAAUAUAUGUCUCAAACCGAUGAAGAAAAAAGCAAAGGACUUCCAAUUGUUAUGCCAGCAUUUGAUCGGACAAAAUGUAGCAUCCCAAAGUCUCAGAUGGGCUUUACCGAUUACUUUGUGAAUGAUAUGUUUGAUGCCUGGGAUGCUUUUUGUGAUGUGCCAGAAUUGAUGGAAAAUAUAAAGACAAACUAUGAAUACUGGAAAGAACAAGAAGCUCUGAGACAUAAGAGUUCAGGAGCUCAGGAAAGCACAUCCAACACUUGAAUUAAUCAGUGUACAGAAUUAAAUGUUAUGCUAUGUAUUAUCAUGAAAAUUCGUGAAAAACUGUGCUUUUAGUGUCAUUUUCUUUUAAAAAUAUUCAUGUUCAUGUGCUCAAAUGUUUGUGUAAUGCUGUCUACAUGGCUUUUUACUUUUUCAAACAGAAAGAAUAAGACUUUCCAAAUUUUCGAAGAAAGAAAAUCAGAAAUAUAUACCAAAUGCUAUUGUUGUGGAGUUACAAUACCUAGAAUUGUUAAAAAUUUCAUUCAGGUGAAAGAGAGGGAUUUUAAAAUUAUAAGCGUUCUUUGUUAUUUUUUGUAUUGUUAUAUUUAAAGAUAUAAUUAUCAAUAUUACUAAAUAAAUUAUAAGAUUUUUUUUUUUUUUUUUUUGAGAAAGUUACUUUCAAGGUACUCAAACAUUAAUGAUGUACUGAUAUUUGUGUUACAUUUCAUUCUUCACUUUGUGCAUAUCCUUUGUACUAUAUUUAUUAUUAUCUUUUAUACACAUCAUUUUUUUCUUGCUAACUUUUGAAAUAUGUUUCAUAUAUUUUGAAGCUUUUGUCUUAAUAAAUUGUAAAAAUAUAUUUAAGUUCAUUUAAAUUGCACAUUAAAGAUAUUUUACAAAAAUAACUACAAGACAUGUACAUUAUUUUCACAAUUGUAUAAUUUCUAUUGACUUACUGUUUUUGUGUGUUUAUUUAUUUCAGAAGUGUCUUUCAGUAAUUAUAAUAUAGCAGGAAUUCAAAUAUAAUUUCAUAGAUAUGUUUAUGCUGAUCAUACUAUUCUUUUUACUGUGAUGUGUAAUAAAAGAUUACAAAUCUGGAGAAAAGAAAAAUAUAAAUAAUACAAAUAUUGAAGAUUUUCAAAGCAAUUAAUCCCUCAUAAUUACGAUUAAAACUACUAUUUUUUCUGAUACUGAUUUUUAUCCAUUGCAUACUUUGAAAAUUAAUUUAUUGAUGAGCAGUAUCAUGUUUAGUUUUUAUUUUGUGCAGUUAUUAGCAAUAAUUGGUUGCUUUUGAAUUUUCUUAAACUCCAGAAUUGGAUCAAUCUCAUUUUAAUAUAAUUAAAUAUAUCUAUAAUUUCUUAAACAAAUUUUGUUGUUUAUAGAUAUAUUUAAUAAUAUUUUAUAUUAUUAAUGAACAUUCUGGCUGUAAGUAAUUAUUAUUAAAAUUUGAAGACAAAGAUUUGUUGUUAGAUAAAUCUCCCCCCCCCCCCUAGAAUUUCUGUUUUUAAGUUAUUUGAAUUAUUUCACAUUUCUGUAUUAAGUUACAAUUAUAAAUAACUAUUAAUAAUAUAUUUUAGCCUACAUUUUUUUUUCUUGUAUGAAAUUGGUAAUGAUUUACUGCUCUUUUAGUUAUUAUUCUUUGUUAGGCAGAGUUCUCUUAUGUAUAUAUCAAUUAUAUUCUAGAGUUUAUUUGUUUGUUGUUAAUCAUUUGUAUAUACUUAAAUAUUAUCACUUUAGUUUUUUUUUUUUUAGGUGUUAAAAAGUUUUCAUUCUUUUAUUUUUUUAAAGCAGAUACAUUUACACUUUGUUUAUUUGUACAUUUGCAUUAAUAUUUGAAUAUUAAAAAAAUUAUUUCCUUCCUAAUAUGCAAUUUAAAUUAUUUAUUAUAAUUUUAUUUUUUAGGAUGCUUUCAUAUUAUAUUUCAAAUUUGAUUUAUCAAACCAUUCAUUGCAGAUAAUACUUUUUCCACUAUCCAUGAAUGUAAUUAAAACAGUUUUGUUCAUAUUUUACAUAAGCAAGAAUUCAAAAUGUUAGCUUUUGCUUUAUGGAAACAAUAGUUCUAAUCAACUGAUAACUAAUGUGUUACUUGAUAAAUUUUUUGUUGUUGAACAUUACUACAUUCCACUUUUUAUAUGUCCAUGGUUAAUUAUUUUUGGGAUAAAUAUCAACCGACUUCAAUACAAAUGUAAAGUGAUUUAAAAAUUCUUGCAAUGUAAAACUACUUUUUAAAUCAGAUUAUCUAGUCAUUAAUGUAUAUUUUGUUAACAAAAUCCAUUGCUACAUAAUUGUAAAGAACAAAAUAUGUGCUUAUGCAUAAUAUUAGGUUGUCAGUGAUGGUGUUUCAUUGAUCUCCAAUGUAUAUUUUAUAUACCAUUUAGUUAAAAGCUAUGUAUCUUAUUAAAUAUAGUAUCUUUGUCAGCUUACUAAGUAAAUAUUUCCUUACCCUUUCUUGAAUUUUGCAGUGUCUCUUCCUUUUCCAUUUAAAUAAUUCUUUGUAAUAUUCAAAAUGCUGUACCAUAUGAUGAUGCUGUAGCCUUCCAAACAAAGUCUGUUUUAUCAUUUUGCUGCUCAAGGGUAUUAUUUUCAUGGUCUGUAGAUACAAUAUUGUUGGUUGCUGUAAAUAUUUUUUUUGAAACUUCCUUUAAAAGAAAAGUUUUAUGAAAAAAAAUUGUUCAAAACUAAAUACUUAUGAAAUCCUUAAUUAUGCACAUAUUUUUAUCUCAAACAAUAGCGACAAAAAUCCUAUUGUUACGUUUCUUAACUGAACACCACUACUAUGUACCAUAUUAUGUAUAAAAAUUAGAAGAGAAAAUUAAGGAAAUAAAGCUAGUAUUACACACUUGGUUUGCUUAACUCGCUGGAUGUAUGAUUAAUAUUAUAUUUCAUUAAAAAAUAAUGGUUGUUGUGAUGGUUGUUCACUUUGAGUGUGAUGUCUUUCAAAUAUUCAGUCAUAUCACUUGUUGCUUCAAAGGUAUAUUGUUGUGAAAUAUAAUGAGAAGACUAAUGGUUAAUUGCAGUUAAACUGCAAUUUGUUAUAAGAAUUGAUAUGGUAUUUGUUAUAUUAAAUGAUAAGAAUAUGUAUUAGAAAGAAAGAAAAGUUUCAUUUUAUAUAGCAAUUUCUCAGUGUCUAAUACUCACAUUUCCCCCCUUCAAUGCAUUAUAUAUUUCCUACUGUCCUCUGUAAAUAUUCUUAUAUAUUAUUAAUUUAAGGCUGUAAAAGAAGUUAUUAAUAUAUUAAUUUAAAAUAUUUUAAGAGCAGGAACUUAUGAAUUAGUUUUUGUUUAUUCAUUACAUGUGGUUUUAUGCCUGCUUGUAUCUAGUUUAUAAUGAAAUGGCAAUUAGUUAAAUAUUUCUGAGAUCAAUGUAAAUUUUUAAAAAAGAAAAAAAAAAUCGGGUUGUUUUUAAGAUCAAACUAUUCUAUAAUUUAAGAUCACAGUACAAUAACAUCAUUAUAUUAAUAACUUCAUUCAGCUUCAUUGGGCUUUUUAAAACUAAUUUACUUUAUCCUGCAAUGUCUUUGAAAAGGAUUUCAAAGAUGAAAUUAAUUUUAAAAUUUCGAAUGUGAGCACUAUGUGUGCUUUUAUGUAUAUACACUCUAAUAAAUUUAUUUCAUUUGCAGUGUUUAGGGGUAUAUCAUGCUGUGCCAUGCAAAAAUAAAUAUUUGUGUGCCAAAAUAUGUAUUUUUAAAAUGUAAAUAUUUAAUAAUAGUUAUGAACUUUUCAAGUUGUAAGACUAAAUGAAAGGUUUAUAUAAAAUCUUGUAUAAAUGUCUUAAUUUUUAAUAAUUAUAGUUUUCAUAUCACAUUAAAUCAAACUGUACUCAAUAGAAAUUUUUUCUAAACUGAAGUUGAAACUCUGUAUAAUUUACUAUUUUUUUAAUCAUUCAUAUUCUUUUAUGGCUUAUAACAGUAUGCAGGCUUAUUGAAAAUGAACAACUCUUUGUAUUAAUUUAACAUUAAUGAUCAAUCCCUUUAUAAAUCGAAGUGCAUGAAUUUUAAAAUGCCUUUUAUAUUUUCAUUGCACAAAAAAAUUUCCGAUUUGCUCAAAUAUAUAAACUUUAUAAAGUGAAAUUAUAUUUUGUGACAAUUUUUUUUCUUAACAUUUAAGAAUAAAUAAAUUAUAAUAGCUUGCUUGGUAAGUUACAACAUGUUACCUGUCAUCUUUCUAGUAAAUUAGUUGAAAUUGUUUUAAAAAUAAAUGUUACCACUAUAAACGAUAUAUUAGGUUGUUAAUGUACAAAUAACAAAAUUAUGAGCUUUUGAAAAUGUACAUAUUUAAACAUACAUAUUAGAUCAGAAACUGUAAAUUGUCCAAUUAGAUUAAGCAUCUUUUAAAAAAAACUAUGAAACAUAACUAAACCUGUAUUUUAUUAAAGAUUCUUACUGAUUAAAAUUAGUUUUCUAUUGAUCAGUGAAUAUUUAGAUAGAAUUUUAAAUUUAUGUAAUAGAAUUGCUAUAUUUUGACACAUUAGAAUUACUUUUUUUCCCUUUUAUACAAAUUUGUUACCUAAAAUCGGUUUAAAAUUUUGGAGUUUUUAAUAAGUUAUAAAGUUUAUCAAAACAUUUUGUAUUCAAAUAUUUGUUGUUUUUUUAAAUGAAAAGAAAUGUAAUUUUUAAUGUAUAUUUUUUCAUAACGUAGGCAUACAGUAUCAUAUCUAAAUGGAUGCUGAAUCAUAAGUAAAUUAUUAUUAUUCCAUUACUGAUUUAUGAGCAAAAUAAAAAUAUUCGACAUCACAAUUAGAAAUUUUCUUAUCAUAGAAUCAUAGUGGUACUCAAAUAUUUAUUUGUCUUAUGCAUUAAAUUUGUUUCUCAAAAAGUAAUGGUGUAUAUAUUUCUUUUAGAAUUAAAACAUUUUUAUCUGAAUUAUAGCUCUAGACAUUUAAUUUGUAAAAGAAACACCCCUAACAUAUUUGUGGUGCAUGUAUUUUAAUGUAUUGGAAUUUAAAAUGCAUAAUAUUUUGUUUCAUAAAUGUGAUGUAGAACUUGAUGUAGCUAUAGUUCCAUAAACCCUAUAUCUUAGACUGUUCUUUGAAGAUUGUAAUUUCCAGUAAUGUCAUAUUAUUAUUUAUUUAACGGUUAUUUUUACUGACUGUGUAAAUGAGCAGUUACUAUAUGGUUUUUGCAAUUUUCAGUAAACUGAGAUAUAUUAUACUAAGUGUUGUGUAAUUUGAAAUAUUAAUGUGAAUGCACUGCACAAAUCUUAAGAAAUCUUGCAAAGUGUGUGUAUCUAAUAUCAUAUAGCGAUGUAUGAUCAUUUGAAAACUGUGUCGGUGUACAAAGUUAUAUGGUAUAUCCCCAGAGUCAUAUCCAGAAGCUGUCGUUUUAAGAUCAAUGGUGUUAUAUUGCAGUACAAAUAUUAAUCAUGAUGUCAUUUAUGGAUUUAGUUUUCUUUCCUUUUUAGUUUUAUGUUUUAAAAAGUUGUUUUGAGAUUUUAAAUAAAAGAUGUUUAAUGGUUGCAUGUUAAAA